AUGGAGAAUGAUAAAUUUGUUUGUUUGGUUGAACCUUCAAAACUUGAGUUUAGUAUAAUAUCUUCAUCAGCUAAUAGUAAUGAAAUGUCGGGACAAGUGUUGUUGAAUUCGGUUACUUCUUCUGCUUCCGAUAUGGGAGCUUAUGAAGGAUUUUCGCCCGAGUCGGUUAUGUCCCACACUCUCACUCUGUUUAAUCCAUACAGUUAUAGUAUUAAUUUUGUGAUUGCGUGCAAUAAUCCUGGACACUACUCAUUGAAAACAAGCAAGGGUACCAUAGAAUCAAAGUGCGAAACGAAAAUCAAGUUAAGGAUUAAACCUGACUUUCUCAAUGAACUGGUCAAAAAGGUGAGAGAUAUUAAUGUUGAGGAGGUUGAACAAUAUGAAGAUAUCUUUCAAGUGAAAUACAUUAGAAGUUUAGAUAAGAAAGAGGCCAUGAGAGCGAUUAAAUCGACCAUCAAGGUUGUGUUCAAACCAUGGGUAAUAACAACAUCGCCUCCAUCUCCUCCUUCGAAUACUGAAUUGCACAUCCAACCUCCAAGUGAUUACAAUCAAAAGAAUCCAAUCAUUGAAAUAACAGAGUCUUCUGAAAUUGAGAAUUCAAAAAGUAAUUUUACCAAACCUGUAAUUGUAGAAAAUCACUUUGAAACGUCGUUACUGAAUGCUGUGAAUACCAAACAAAUUAAUCAUUUUCAACCAUCCAGAAUUCAAGACAGUACAAAUCCACAACCUGAACAAUCUUCGUCAUCAACUCAACCAUCCACUAUUUCUACACCACCAAUACCAUCCGUAAAUCAAUCUUCAGAUAAUAAGCAACAAUUAACGAUCGAGGAGAAUAUGGAAUCAGGUAGCUCAAUUGCUGAAUCAGAAGAUUUUCUCCAAUUAGGAAAAAACAAAAAAAAGCAUUCGCCAGAUUUGUAUUUAGAUAUACCUUCAAACGAAAUGGAAAAAGGCAAAAUGCCAAAAUCUAUCCUCAAAAAGAAGUCCACAGAAACAUUAAGAGAAAAGACUAGUGGUGAGGCAGAGAGUUUUUCAGAACGAGUAUUACAGCUAUUCCCUGUGAUUGGAGGCCUGAUCAUUCUAGUAGUGUUCGCUAAAUUCAAUCGGGUCGAUCAUGACACAGUAGUGAACAUGGUCGCUUCGUAUCUGGUCGGUCUUGGGGCCAUGUACAUUCAAAUGAGAUUUAAUGAACAAUAG